AUGACAAAGGCUAAGAUUUUAACCGUCCAUUUAUCUUCAGAUGAUCUUAAUGCUGUGAUCGAGAAAAUCAGAAAGUUGAACACCAACGCAGGUCCUUUUGAUCAUGUACUCCUACUUGGUGACUUUGAUCCACAGUUUGAGAAUAUUUGUAUGACUGGCACACCGCCUAUUGUUUCGCUAUCAUCGACUCGCGCAUUACAGGCAGGGACUAAGAAAGAUUAUAUGACUUCGCAAAACUUAUUUGGUAUUAGAAAAUUAACAGAUAAACUACAGGUUGGAUAUAUUAUCCUUGAUAACAAUGAACUCGUUGACGCUAAAGAGUCCAUCUUGAGUGUUUUCAAUGAAGCCCAUCAAAGAAUUGAUAUUUUAGUCACCACAGCUUGGAGUGUUAGCUGUGCAGAAAAGAACCCAAAUAUCCUGGGAAAUGGAGUUAUCGAUGAAAUUGUCAAGAAAGUUAAACCAAGAUAUCACUUUGCCACGGGCGAUGCAAAAUCUUUUAUAGAAUUCGAACCAUUUGCCUGGCCCGAUGGCAAAUAUGCUACAAGGUUUAUUAAUCUACCCACAUAUCAAUCGAAAAGCAAGUGGGCUUAUGCUUUCAACAUCGGAACGGAUGAAAGCGCUAGUGAAGAAUUACCACGUAAUCUUAUCGAAAAUCCAUAUCUGAUAAAUCCCUCUCGUAAACGUCUAUUGGAGACGGAUCACGAAACAGAUGGUACGACAACAGGCCCCAAAAAGCCCAAAACCGUACUACCGACUGAUUGUCAUUUUUGUUUCACUAACCCCAAUGUGGAGGACCAUAUGUUUGUGUCAAUCAGCGACCAUGCAUACUUGACCACAGCAAAGGGCCCAUUGAGUGUACCUCGAGGUGACAUGGAUUUCUCUGGCCAUUGCUUACUCAUACCAAUUGAGCAUAUACCUAAGUUGAAUAUGGGUCAGGAAAAGUUCCUCAAGAGCGAAUCUGUAAAGGAAUUGAACUCUUACGAGAAAAGCAUUGUCAACAUGAAUUACAAAAAAUUUGAUAUGUCAUCUGCCGUGUUUGAAAUUCACUCUGAUAGAUCUAUUCACUUUCACAAGCAGUUGAUCCCUGUCCCAAAGUACCUGAUUAUGAAAUUUCAUGAUGCCCUCCAGAGACAAGUGCAUUUGAACAAUGAAAGAUAUAAAAGCAAUGCAAAGCUAGAUUUCAAGACGUUCAAUUCGCAAGACGACUCAGAAUACCUAGAUAUUGUUAAUGACCAAAAGCAGAAUUAUCUUAAAUUCACGGUGUAUGAAACUUCAGGAAGUGUUCCUACCAUUUAUAUCUCUACGAUUCAGCCGGAGGAUCGAGUCGAUCUACAGUUCGGAAGAAGAGUGGUAGCGUUUCUACUUCGACUUCCAAAGAGAGUCAAUUGGUCCUCUUCCGCUUGCAAGCAAUCCAAAGAGCAAGAAGAGGAAGAGGUUAGAAAGUUUCAAAAGGGCUACAGUGACUUCGAUAUUGCAAACAAAGCAGAGUAG